ACGACCCUCAUGGCGACCGUCCUGCGCCCGAAACGGACGCGAACGUUUCGAUGGCGUCGGAAGCGACGCAGCGAUGGGCGCGCCAGCGCUAUGAGCAUGGCCAUACGGCCACGCUGCAGAGCAUGCGCCGCAACGACGCCGGUAUCGCCGACCACAACGUGCAUUGCUUUCUUGGCCUGGAGGACCGACGCUUUCUGCACGGAGAGGCCGAGCAAUCCCUGCUGCCAGCGCGGCAGGUGCUCCCUUCGCCCUUGACGCUGACGCGAGCGAUCGAAUGCGGCGACUUGACGACGCUUCAAGCCUACCUGCGCGGUGGUGCGAGCGCCAAGAGUGUCAACGCAGCGGGCGAGACACUGCUCCACGUGGCGGUGCUCCACGAGCGCUUGCCGCUUGUGCAGCUCCUGCUCGUGCAUGGCGCCGAACCCAAUGCGCGGAGCUACUCGACACCGCGGGCGCCGUUCUUGAACGCUGUAGGUGACGUCGACGCGUGCUUGGCCACAGCGGCCGGCGCGACGCCACUACAUUAUGCAUGCGGCAUUGCCAACCUCAAGCUCGUCAAAAUGCUACUGCUUGCCGGCGCCGCAGCGAGCGUGAAUGUGGGCAACCACGAGCUUUGUCAACCUCCCCUCGUGUGGGCGCUGCGCGCGCCGCAGCACCAAGUGGCCAUGAUGACGCUCUUGAUGACGCAUGGUGCGUCGGCCAUCGACACGCGAGACGUCGAUGACAACAAUGCGAUUGCGCUCGCCGCGCGGCACUACGUUGACCUGCAUGAGAUGCGGCUGCUACAGCAGAUUGUGUCGGCGCUCGUCGACGCGGGCGUCGACGUCCAGCACAAGAAUGGAUGCGGCUGGACUGCGUACGACGAAGCACCUACAGCCGCGAUCCAAGUCAUGCUUCAAAGUCGCUUUGGCGCGCAUUCGGGACGCGUCCAAGACCCUCUAGGCGCUUUGCAGAUCGACAACGUCGAGACACAGCGCGCCGAAGGCCAGCCCUGGCUCCGGCGUCCCAUUCGCCACCGCCGAUCGACCCCCGCUGCGUAACCAGUACUUCAAGCAACUGGACUCUUGUGAUGGAAACCAAGCACGAAGCUUCUGCAUAAACUUUUAGUCGUCCAGUUUUGGCAUAGCAGUCGGCAGCACAGCGGAAAGCUGCGCUCUUCUAGUCGCCAG